CCUGCCGAACCUACGGUCUCCUAGUUGAACCGGUGAUGGAUGCAGAUCUGCUAGAAGCAGACGUGGGAGGCGCCCCGAGAGACGGUUCUCACAGUCAGGGUGUUUAUAUUUAUCGUCCAACGAACCAGUCUAAGAGUUUCGCUGAAAGACCCACGAAACGGCGCAAAGUCGUACGACCAAACGUUAUCAAGGCUGCAAAAUCCCAUCCCUUUGUGUCCCUGUUGAACGGCGAUGAAGACGCAAAUUCCAUUGAACUGCGAUACCGCACUUAUCAACAACUAUGGUCGGCUCAGGAAGCCAAAAUCAAGGAAAUCCUAGAUGAUAUCGACUCCGAGGUUCUUACCAACGUACUAUCUUUCACUAGAUCGACCUCGCCCCAAACUUACGAUGGCUGUAUACCUGCCGCGCUGGUUACGGUUGGCUCCAACGUCUCGUCUCUUGGCCGAUUGCUUUCUAGACUAAACGAUCAAUUGACAACAACCGGAGAAGGUGGGGUGAUCGUCCUGGAGUCUGGUGAUGCACCGAACCUCAAGACAACUCUGAAGAAUAUAAUCCGCUUUGCUAUCACGAACACGGAAGGAAAUGAUGGGUACCAGAGUUUUGUGACUGACCGAGAGGGUCCGAGAGUCCUGGGUUAUGAUCUUGAUUUACUAGCGGAUUACGUCAAACGGAAGGACGUCAGGAAACUGGUUAUCGCUUUUCGCGACAGCGAAGCGUUUGAUCCGGGCAUUCUUGCUGACCUCUUGUCGCUUUUGAGCUCUUGGCUUGAUCGGAUCCCUUUGACACUUAUGUUCGGUAUCUCGACAUCCGUGGACCUUUUCGAAGGGAGACUACCUCGGUCUUCGGUGGCUUUGCUACGAGGACGGUUUUUCGAGAUUCACGAAGCGAGUAAUUGCGUAGAUCGCAUUUACGGCAGGCUUCAGGCCGAGCAGGACGGGACUUUUUGGCUAGGUCGCAACAUCACAAGCGUACUAUUCGAGAAGUCAAGCGACUCCUUCCAGACCCCGGAAGCUUUCAGCCGAACGGUUAAGUACGCUUAUAUGUCACAUUUCUUUGCCAACCCUUUGAGCGCGCUCCUUGCAGAUGGCCCUGCCACCACGAAACGAAGCGACCAAGUCUGCGAGGCUCUAAGAAAUGUUUCGUCUUUUCGGACUUAUUGCGAAGAGUUGCUCGAAGAAGGCUCCGCUGGACAAGUUCGCAAGUUAUUGGAGGAUGAUGCUUUUCUGCUCGAGCAAAGCACCCGGUGGGUGAAGCUGGGUCAGCAGAAAAUGCGCGACAUUUUCCAAUGUGUGAAAAUGGUACACAGAACUUUGAAGCACUUUAAGGUCGUCAAGAAACCCAGUCUCUCUGACAUAUCGAUCCGGGCACUUGCUGGGGAGCUGCAAAGCUCUGCGUUCUACGAGGACUUUCUUCGAUCAAUCAAGACACUUGAUUCCAAUCAACUGAAAGAACUUAUAGCUAUGUUGCCGGCCACACUUACAGAUAGCCCGGUCUUUGGACAGAUUCAAGCAGACUUUGAUACUUUGCUGCAGACUUAUCAAGGAACCGAACCACUCAAGAGUGGCUAUGACAAGCAACACUCAGUUGUUGCUACCACUAUUAUUCAGCAGCGGGUGAAACUUAGCAAGUCUAAGGCUAGACUGCCCAAGGAGAAUGCAGAUUUCACGAACAUCAUUCAUCGCGUUUAUACUUUAUUGGAGGCAUUUUUCGAGGAUACUUCGAUAAGACCCAAAGAAUUGAUCUUGCAUGAGGUCUUCCUUUUUGAUAUGAGAAACCCUAUUAAGGAAGUCUUUUCUCCACGGCCACGUUUUGCCGUCGAACGGGCGCUGUCCAGUCCUUUCGACUACCUCAUUUCACCGUCGGGAGACUUGACAGUCAGCAUCUCGGCACAUCAGCCAGCAGCGGCCAUCUUGUACCAGUUAUACCUAGAGUCGGGGUCCCUAGUUAACGUUCAUGACUUAUGGCAGGCAUUUUAUGCCGUGUUCGAAAGCGAGCAAGGGGAUAGCUGUGAUGAAAGGUCCAUCAUGGCUUGGUUUUAUAGAGCUUUAUCGGACUUGAAGGCGCUUGGUAUGGUGAAAAGUAGCCGAAAGAAAGCUGACCAUGUCUCCAAAACCUCGUGGAUGGGUCUGUAAAAAUAGCAUAGCAUUUGCCAUAUUUUUGCUGUGUGACAUAUGUCAUCUGAGGUUUACAGGGGUAUCAUUAGUAUAAUCCUAAGAAUGCAGCAUAGUCCUUA